AUGGCGACGGCCGCGCAGCUCACGGACGAGGAGCUCUUCUCGGAGCUGAGGCGCUUCGGCUUCUCCCCGGGGCCGGUCACCGAGAGCACCCGGCCCGUCUACCUGAAGAAGCUGAAGAAGCUGCGCGAGGAUGAGCGGGCUGGGGCCCGCAGCGGCGCCAACAAGACCCGGAACAGCAACAACAAUAACACGGGGACCGGAGCGGCGCCGGGCGGAGGCGGCGGCGGCGGCGGCCCCGGGCGAGCGGCCCCGGCCCCGGGCGUGGGCGCGCGGCUGGUCGGCGCCGAGCACCCCUACCUCCCCGGGGCUGCCGCCGGGAGCAGCCGGGGCCGCGCAGCACCCCCUGCCGGGGGCGGCAAAGUGCUGCUGGGCUUCAGCUCGGACGAGUCGGAUGUGGAAACCAGUCCCCGGAGCCAGGCCGGCGCCGGCAGCAGGAGGGAGCGGGCUUCACCCCUCUUCCGCGGCCUGAGGCCCGCCGCCCCCCACGGCGCCUGCGGCGUGAGUAACAGCUCGCCCCCGGAGGAGGCGGCCAGGCGGAAGCCCAGCGCCUGGUGGGGGGCGGCGGCCCGGAGACCGGCGGCGGCUCAGGGUGCGAGGGAGCCCGGGGACGGCGAGGAGGAAGGAGGGGAGGAGGACGACGAAGAGGAGGAGGAGAGCGAGCAGCAGCGGUGGAAGAACCGGACCGUGAAUGGUAACCGGCUCCUCUCCUUCGGCGGCAGCAGCAGGGACAAGUACUCUGACUCGGAGGAGGAGGAGGCGGCGAGGGCCAAGCAGCAGGUACCGAAGGAGGAGUCUGCAGUUCGCCGGCCCAGACGGGGCCUCAGCAAGUCUCCUGCUCCAUUCAUAACAAGUAAAUGCGCUGCAGCCGGCGCUGGCGUGAUGGAGACGGGCCAAGAAAGGGCUGGCGGAGGCUGUGGAGCUGGUGUAGUCGUAACGAAUGACAGGGCGGCGGAGGCGGCUGCUGCUGGGAGUCUAGACAGGGGCAGAAAUCAGGAGGAGGCGGCGGGGGGAGGAGGAGGAGGAGGAUGUGAAAAUCUGGAUUCUCUCCCUCCCAGCCCGAGGUACCGUAUUGGCCUACCUAAGAAAUCCCCUACAGUAUUGUUGCUGCCACCACCGCUCACGGACGUGGAGGGCAGUAAAAUCACUGACCCUCCCGGCACCAUUAGGAAAGCGACCAAUAAUCAUGUUGUCAGCGGUGCUGCUGGUAGCUAUAAUGUCGAAUCCAGGAUCUAUUCAGCUACUAAUAGCCUUCCCCCGGGUGGAACCACCUCAUCCCUUAGACUCAACCACUCCAAUCAUACGGGUUCAAAUCAUACCUACCUGAAAAACACCUACAAGAAGAGUCUCUCAGAGCCCGAGGAGGAGCUUCUCCAGCAGUUCAAAAGAGAGGAGGUAUCCACCACUGGAGGCUUCAGUGCACAUUACCUGUCCAUGUUCCUCUUAACUGCUGCAUGCUUGUUCUUUCUGAUACUGGGAUUCACAUACCUGAGAAUGAGAGGUUCUGGAGUAGCUGAGGAUGUGGGAACCAACAUCAAGAAUCCCUUCAGUGAAGAACUACAAAAAAUAAAAGAAAAUGAAAUAAGUCUCAUGAUGAACAGCUUAUAUGCACUUCAUGAUAAAUUGGCACAAGUAGCAGGGGAACAUGAAUGUGGCAGCUCUAUUCAAAGAAAUCUUACCGUCCAGGAGGCAGCUGCAUAUUUAAAAAAUUUAGAUCCAGAAUAUGAAAGUGUACUUAACACAGCGUUACAGUGGAUCUUGAAUAGCGGGGAAGAUGUUGGCAUAAAGUGUCUCAGCAAUGACCCUAAUGAGAUGGAUGUCACUAAUGUGACAGAUGUGAAGUAUCUGGAAUCCACUAGUCCAAAGAUGUCUUUCAGGUGUCGUUUUCGCCGUGCGUUUGUUAAUGUAACUCACAGAUUAUCAAUAUUGCUUUUGGGUAUAGCAAUGGUUUGGGGAGUCUUGCACUACAUGAAAUACCGUUGGGCAAAAGAGGAAGAAGAAACGAGGCAGAUGUAUGAUAUGGUGGUAAAAAUCAUAGAUGUUCUAAGAAGUCACAGCGAGGCAUGUUCUGAAAAUAAAGACUUGCAGCCUUACAUGCCUAUUUUACAUGUGCGUGAUUCUCUAAUACCACCUCAAGACAGGAGGAAAAUGAGGAAAGUCUGGAAUAGAGCAGUUGACUUUCUUGCAGCAAAUGAAUCUAGAGUUCGCACAGAGACACGAAGAAUAGGUGGUGCCGAGUUCUUGGUUUGGAAAUGGAUGCAACCUUCUGCAGCAUGUGACAAAAUUUUGGUAAUACCGUCGAAAGUGUGGCAAGGCCAAGCAUUUCAUCUGGAUAGAAGAAAUUCACCACCAAACAGCCUGACACCAUGUCUAAAGAUUCGUAAUAUGUUUGAUCCAGUUAUGGAAAUAGGUGAUCACUGGCAUCUAGCAAUUCAAGAAGCAAUCUUGGAGAAAUGCAGUGAUAAUGAUGGAAUUGUUCAUAUUGCUGUUGACAAAAAUUCACGUGAGGGUUGUGUAUAUGUCAAGUGUCUCUCUCCAGAGUAUGCUGGAAAGGCUUUCAAGGCAUUACAUGGCUCUUGGUUUGAUGGAAAGCUGGUAACGGUAAAAUACCUGCGACUAGAUCGGUAUCAUCAUCGUUUUCCCCAGGCUCUUACUUGUAACACUCCGCUGAAGCCAACAAACAAACAUAUGAACUCUAUGUCACAUCUACGUCUUCGGACAGGCACAACUAAUUCUCAGGGAAGUUCCUGAGAAGACUUUCUGCAACUGCUAGGACUGUUACUUGCAACAGGAAUUUUCCUGUUUGGCUGCCGUCUUCCUUUUUUAGUGCUUUUUGUAUGUAAUACUUUAAUGAAUUAAAUAAAAGUUUGAACGUUCCAGAACUCUUGUUUCCAAAGGGACUUAGCAAUGAGGCAGUAAUACUGAGCUGACAAAAAAGAAAAAGAAAAAAAUUGCUUCAGGAAGUUUUCCGGGGCUUAUAGUAAACCAAUGCAUUUAAGUUUUGCAUGAGGAAAACAGAAUUCAUUAUACAUUUGCAGAUGUGGUGACUGUAUUUUUUGCACCAAGAAGUGUUUUUGAUAAUACAAAAGCAUGGACAAAAGAAGACUUCCUCUAUUUCCAUAGUUUCCUGUGAAAUAAUCUUGUGGGUAUUUUGUAACAACCAACCUACAGUUCCUGAUGGUGAAUAAGUUAAAAAAAAAAAUUCUUUUUCAGUCAAUAUUAGUUUUUUGUUGCUGUAUAAGAAUCUUUUUCUGCAGCUAGGGUAUGGGGAAAGUUAAUCUGGCAUUAGUGGUUGCAUAUAAGUGUGAGGGAAAACGAAAUGAAUGCGGAUGUACUAGGUUUUGUAUAUAAAUGUAAAUGCUGGUGGUGGCAAAAAUGGUUGUGUUCUGUGAGGAUGUCUGCAUUGAAGCAGUGAAUAAGCUUCCUAUUUUAUUCAAAACCUAACCUUUUACAUGGUUUUGGCUGUACCAUGACAAGAGGCCAAAUACCUUAAAGUGUUAGAUACAGGUUAAAUAUCUUUUAUAGGUUUUAUAUUAAAAUACCUGACUAUGAUUUUGUGUGAAAGGUCUGAUACCAAUUGUAAUGAAUUCAAAUUUGUGAGCAAUAAAGAAGCAAUUGGCAGAUACUAGAAAAAUAUUUUGUGAAAAGCUGUAUUUAUUAUUACAGUUGCCAGGGCUGUGACAAAAUACCAUUGGGAUUAAGUGACUUUCCCAAUACAUAACUUAAUGAACCAGUUACCUGUUAAAAUUUUAAAAGGUACAUACUUCCUUGCAACAAUUUUGGUUGAUGCAAACUAAAGUACAGCUGACAGUAAAUCUUGUGAUUCCAAGCUUGUAAAUUUACUAACAUUUACCUAGAAGUACAAAAUUGUUGCUAAGAAGUUUAGUUGCAAACCUGAGAUUAUUGGCCUUACUCAUCCCCACUCCUACAACAAUUUUAUCUAAUUAUCCAGCUGAAUAUCAUGUAGGAGCUGAGACUGGAAGCACACCAGUCCCACAAAUUUUACUGAAACUCACUUUACAUUGUAGAUAUGAUGGAUUUGCAGCAUGAACUUGCACAAAUAAUGCACGUUUUUCUUAUGGUUAAGUAAACAUGAUGCACACUAUUCUGCAACAGAAAAUCCUAUUGUGCCUUACCUUUGUGCUUUUGUGGGCACCAUGUUUAUUAUUGGACAGUUUGUUAACCGAAAAAUUUUAAAUCCUCAGUUUUAUGUCUCAGAUGCUAAUGAAUGAGUGUAUAUAUAAUAUAUAAUCAGCCAUGGAGAAUUCUACUUACCAAGGACAAGUACAUAUUUUUGAUGGGUAAGUAGAUUGUGCCAGGUCUGGUAGA